AUGAUUCUAAGUUAUCAUCUUAAACUCGGAAAAAGCAUUGAGCGAACGAACCACGAUUCAGCCCAACUCGAGCUAGAAUCCUUCAUCAGCCUUAAAACCGAUGAACUGGCACAGGCAAACUCUCAGCAAAUAAUCGAGCGCUACGAGGGCUCCUUGGCAAAGCUCUUUGAGCAGAAAGACAUAAAAAUUGACGAGUUCAAAAACGCUUGUUCCGAACACGAACGGGCUUACCAAACAAAAGUAGAAGAACAAGAGGAUUUCUUCGCAGCGGAAAUCAGCCAAAUCUGCAAUUUAGAAGAAGAGCUUCUCGAAAAUCUGCGAAAUAAAAAGGAGAGCCCUUCGAACUCGCCGGAGUCAGAAGAGCAAGAUGUUUCGUGGGGCCGAGAACUGGAAAUUCGCGCCGCGAAAAAGGCCGAAAAGACGGCAAAAGGGGCCAAGAAGGAUGGAAAACACGCGAGUCUUGAAAAACUUCCGACAUUUAAUUUCACAGCUGAAGAUUUUGAGAUCCACGAUUCGGUUCCAUUUUCGAUCAUCGCGGAAAUCGGCGAUGAAAUUCUCACCGAAGAAAGUCUUCAUCGAGCAAUCAAGGAUGGCUAUUUGAAGAAAACUUUCAUUCAAGAAAUCAAGCAAGAUUUCAAGCUCUUUGUCGCGCGAUUUUACGAAGCUCGGAAAUCAACGCUCUCUUCCGAAAUCGAAAAAUCCUUUUCAAAGAGAGAAAAAAUCUUGGGAAAAGAAAUCAAAAUGAUGAAAAAGUUCAACUCAAAUCGCCUCGGAGAAAUCAAGUCGGAAAUUUCCGCCGUUCGAAUUGAACAACUAAAAGACCACGAAAAGCUUCUGUCCCUCCAUGAAGGAAACAUCAAGGCGGAAAUCUCCAAUUUGAUAAGUCAGUCGAAAGAAUUGAACAAAAUCGCGAAAAAACAACUGGAAAAAUCGAAAGAAAUUGGACCAAAAUUGCUUGAAAAGAUCAAGGAAACAAAGUUCUCGAGGGAACUGAAGGAGAUAAGAAAGUUCUUUUGUAGCGAAUUCGACAAGGCUGAAGAUGAUCUGAAGUCAAUCUUCACCAGUUUCAACGAGCAAAUGGAGCUAACACUCUCUGAAGUAAAACGCGCCAACACCCUCUUUCUAAAGAACUAUCAACCCUUUUCCUCGGGCGGCUGUUUCUCAGACUUUGAAAAAGAAGAAGCCGAAAAGAGACUGAUCAAACUCGAGAAAAAUCUCGUCCGGGCGAUGAGAAACAUCGGAAAGGAGAUCGAAAAGAACAUGCCAAAAAAAAUGAGAGAGUUCGAAGAUUUGAAGAAAGAUUCAAUUUUGAAUAUGGAGAAUUUCGAAGCAGAUCUUGAUUUCAUCGCUCGAUUAGACAAAGAAAUUAGACGGAUAAAGAUCGAAGUUUCGGGACUUAUGGAAGACCAUAAACUGUCCUUUAAUGAGCUUGAUAGGAACUCAACGACCCUGAAGAUGAUGGAUCGUGCGAUUUUAUCUCCGACACAUGAGUUUCCGAAUGUUUCUCUUGAACAACUACAGAAGCAAUGGAAGACCGUGCGAGAAUCUGCGAAUAAGAUCGUUACAUCCUACAGAACGAGACAAAACGAUGAGUCGGCCUCUGAAUUGACGGAAUUUUACGAGAAAUGGUUGUUGGAAAGGGAAAAGGAAAAAUCUCCAAGCCCGAGUAUGGAGCAAAUAAAUCGGUUUGGACGGCGAAUGAGCUCGCUCAGGACGGAUAAUUCCGCCAGAAAAGCUCUCAGCAAUAAAAUCAGCCGCGGCCAGCAAAACACCACCGAAACCCAAACAACUGGAAUCGUCCGCCGAAUCAUUCGAGAUCCCAAAUCUCAGUUAAAGUUUAAUAUUUUCGCCCUUGACAAUCCCCCUGAAAUCACCGAUCUUCCGACGAAAAUAACGAGCGAAAUGAUGGGCGCCGCGGAUAACGCGCUUGAAAUCAUAGACGAGUUUUUCAAGAAAAAGGGGCCGCGGGAAGUUUUGUUCUGCAAAACCCCGGAGAAUUUGGACAAAGCACUUUGCUACCUGGAAAAUUCUUUAGAAAAAAUUUAUUCUUCCGGCCAAAAAUCACUGCGAGCAGAGUUCAAACGAUUCGAGGAAAUUUCGCGAUCGCUUGAAAAAAUCGAGGGAAAUCUUCCAUCGAAAAUUUUCAACAGCUGCUUCUCGAAUUUUGAGAAAAGGAUGAAAAGUGGACAAGAAGAGGUUCGGAAGAGGAAUGAGUUUUUGGAAGAUGCGCUAGAAGAAGCAAAGAAAGAGCAUUUUAAUCAGCUAAGAGUCAACCUUGGGCACCCAGAUGACCUUUGGAAGCUGGAGAAAAUCAACGAGGAGGAAAACGACCGAGUUCUGCGCCAGUCAAAAUUCAUCAAGGACAAAGCGGAAGAGGAAAUUGAAAUGCUCACAGAAGAAAUUUCCGCCUCUCUUUCACAAAUAUACAAGGAAACCAAAUUUCUUUCAGACUCGUUUUCGGAGCGGAUUUUGUUCGAUGAAAUCAUGGAAGAAAACCCUCAUAUUGAAAAAUCGACGCUUCGAAAACUGGAUUGCGAGCAUCUACCGGUCUUUGAAAAUGAAGAAAUUCACGUGACAAAGAAAACACUUGCCCACCUUGAACUUGAAAAAGAGCGCCAACUCUUAUAUUUGAAGCUCAAAACUUUUUACACGGAGAAAAAACUCGCUGUUCGAAAUGAAGAAGCAAAUGCUCUGGAAGAUCUUCACCGAUGGGAAGGACAUUUCGCCUCGCACCUUGCAGAUAUAAAACGGCUAUUUUCUUCCUCGACCUGA